GCUCUCUCUUUCCAUAUCAGCAUCAGUGGCUCUGCAACUGUGUACUCACCACUGUUCAGGAAGGAUAUGAAUGUGUCGAGAGCGCACUUGACAGAGGUUCUCAGUCUUUCAAGGAGUUCCCUUCUCCUUUUGCUCAUCAGCACUUGAGGGUAAGGUGCUAAGAGGCUGCUACCCAGGGCUCCCUAUUGCUGUGCGGUUAAUCAGAUACAGUAUGGACGGCAGUGGCAGUGGCUGGACUGGAGGUCUGCUGCCCUCUGUUAGCGAGAAGACAACAGAGGAGCACUCGGUCUUUGAGAUGGCUGUUCAGAAUGACUCGGCCAACCACAGCUCCCUGUUUGCAGACGUGGCUCUGCUGCAGAGCUUCAAGCUGCUCAUCAUCCCCUGCUACUCCCUGGUGGUGGUGGUGGGUGUGUUGGGGAACUACCUGUUGCUCUACGUCAUCUGCCGCACUCGCAAGAUGCACAAUGUCACCAACUUCUUCAUAGGGAACCUGGCCUUCUCAGACAUGCUGAUGUGUGUGACCUGUGUACCCUUAACCCUGGCCUAUGCAUUCAACCCUCGUGGCUGGGUGUUUGGGAGGUUCAUGUGCUACCUGGUGUUCCUGAUCCAGCCGGUUACCGUCUAUGUGUCUGUCUUCACCCUCACCGCCAUCGCUGUUGACAGGUACUACGCCACUGUGCAUCCUCUGAAGAAGCGUACCUCUGUGUCCACCUGUGCUUACGUCCUGUCAGGGAUCUGGCUGCUGUCCUGUGGCCUGGUGGCUCCGGCCGUGGCCCACACGUACCACGUGGAGUUCAGAGAGGAGGGCCUCACUAUCUGUGAGGAGUUCUGGCUGGGACAGGAGAAGGAGAGGCUAGCCUACGCCUACAGCACCCUGCUGGUUACCUAUGUCCUGCCACUCUCCGCUGUCUGCACCUCCUAUCUCUGCAUCUCUUUCAAGCUGAGGAACUGCGUGGCGCCGGGACAUCGGUCCCGAGACCAGGCAGAGGCACAGCGAGCCCGAAAGCGAAAGAUCUUCCGUCUGGUGGCAUUAGUGGUGGCGGCCUUCGGGGUGUGCUGGCUGCCCAUCCAUGUGUUCAACGUGCUGCGUGAUAUCGAUAUCCGCCUAAUCAACAAGCGCCACUUCCUGCUCAUUCAGCUGCUGUGCCACCUGUGUGCCAUGAGCUCCUCCUGCUGUAACCCCUUCUUGUAUGCCUGGCUGCACGACCGCUUUCGUGCUGAGCUGCGCAAGAUGUUCACCUGCCACCACCGCAUCGGCAUCCCCACCAACCACUGUGCUAUGGCCAGUGUGGUCCUCUGACUGUGCAGGGACAAGGAGAUAGAAGAGACACAAGACCUGUGAUACCUGUGUAAGCAUGUUGUAGGUCCAAUUUCCUGAUAAUGUUCAUGUUUGUUGGUGACCUAAUGUAGACAUAACAAGAGAUCAUCAUGAACAAUACAGGAAAUCUUGGAAUUACAGCUGAUUAUAGAGAUAUGAGGUGGUUUCCUCAUUGUUCAUAGGUAAAUCAAUUGAACACAAAUUCGGUGAUUGACGAAAUAAUCAUUAAAUUAGCAGAUUGAACAACAAUAAGAAGAAGGUGAAAUUCAAGAGACAAAAAGAGCAAGAGACGAGGGACGAGAGAUGAGAGACGAGAGAGAGGGAGAGAGGGAGGGAAAGAGGGA